AUGCGUCCAACUCGUCGACCUAAGACAAUUGAUAUGGAGACAUUUACAGCUUGCAAGCCUGACUCUGAGCAAACAGAGAACUUCAUCCUGGAUUAUUCUGCAUGGAUUCAAAAAGAGCAUCUCAAAGGCUCCCCGCGUGCGGAAACUCUACUGAGCCUGGUUCAGUUCAACACAACGCGUGCGCUGGUGGCAAAUGCAAACAUCCUGGGUAUCACGACGCGACUCAUGUCCCGCCAGGCUCGAUCCCGUUUCGCACAUUCGGGCGUCGAGACAGAAGUUAUAGACUCCCUACCUUUCAGUCUACGACCAACAAUUUUCCAGUUAACGAUUCCUCAUCAUCCAUGGAUUGACCUCAUACCAGUGCCAGAGCUACGUAAUCGGCUUUUACAUCUUGACGUUAACUCAUACGAUGCAGCGGAGCUGUGUCGUGAUGUGCGAGGGUUUCAACGUGUCAUUGACGGGAGAGGAGGUAUAACUGUCUGGGGAGAGCCGUGGGAUCCAAACGGCUGGGAAGUCUCUCCCGCGUUUGCGCAGAAGUGGUCGCGAGUAAUACGAGAUUGCGACUGUCUACUCAAAUCUACGAAUCAUUGGCGAGGAAUUCGAGGUGAGCCAGCCUUGCGGUUUGGGGACGAUGAAAUUGUCAGUCACAAUACUCUUGCUACUAGGCUCCAGGCCUUGAAUUAG